UGAACGUGUGUGAGUUGAUCAUCAGUCGCACACACGUACGCUCCACUCCGUUGGUGUAGUCAUUCCGACUCAACUAUGCCAUUUGGUGCAUAAGCAGCAUAAGUAUCUCGGGUGUUUUUGUUUAGAUAAAUCGUCAUAGUUGAGCGAAAGCCAUGUCGCUAUUGAUCGAUAUGGGUAGGAAAGCCCUUUCAGGAUGGACCCCACUUGUGACACAAGUUCGGUAUCGUUAUCAUGCAGACAAGAUCGCCAAAGGUCCUUUGAUACGACGUUACGGAUACUCGGAUUACGUAGACAAAUUCAGAGGGCUACUAGCGAGAGAGGAAACUAAGCGGAUAGCAGAAAUACCUGUUUAUCGACCAACGAAUCCAUGGAUCGAACGAAAAGCAUUGUUCGGACAGAAUGAUUAUAUCGAUAUAUUAGGGAGCAAUGACCUCCACCCCACCAAGAUAAUAUACAGAGUACCAUCCUGGUUACGGGGUGUGAAAGGCAAUGAGUUUCAAAUCUUGAUAAGAAAGCAGAAAGUAUGGUCGAAGGGUAUAUUUCCAAUAGCGAGACCAACCAAAUGGAAGGAUUUAAAUAAGAGAAUUUGGUAUCUUUAUAAAUUCCUCAAUCGCAAAACCAAAACAACAUUCAGUGAAAGACAGUAGAGCCAGAGAAAUGGGGAAUUUUUCAUUGUAUACAUAUUUAUCGUUGAUCACUGACAGCAGCUAAAUGCUGUCAGGAUCGACGAAUGUUUAUAAAUAAAUUACUUAGACACGUA